AGGGAAGAAUUUCUCUAAGAAUUUGGUCCUUGGACUGGACCUGAGCCACCCCUGCCUUCCUGCCCUUACUUUCUCUCCCCUUCCCCUGUUGUUCCUCCUCCCCCAUCCCUCCUCCGGCUCCUCCUUCUCUUCCCCUUAGUGGACCCAGGCUCCAGGCUGGAUCCCACCCGGAACUCCUGGGGGAUAGAAUAUGCAGAGCACGGCCAACUACCUCUGGCAUACAGACGACAUCCUGGGCCAGGGGGCCACCGCCAGUGUCUACAAGGCUCGCAACAAGAAAUCCGGGGAGCUGGUGGCAGUGAAGGUCUUCAACAAUGCCAGCUACCACCGUCCCCCGGAGGUGCAAGUGCGGGAGUUUGAGGUCCUGCGGAAACUGAAGCAUCAGAACAUCAUCAAACUGUUUGCCGUGGAGGAAACUGGCAACAGCAAGCAGAAGGUGCUGGUGAUGGAGUACUGUGCCAGAGGGAGCCUGCUGACCGUGCUGGAGGAGCCCGAGAAUGCCUUCGGCCUGCCCGAGGAAGAAUUCCUCGUGGUGCUGCAAUGUGUGGUUGCUGGCAUCAACCACCUCCGAGAGAAUGGCAUCGUGCACAGGGACAUCAAGCCAGGAAACAUCAUGCGUCUGGUGGGCGAAGCCGGGCAGAGCAUAUACAAGCUGACGGACUUCGGCGCGGCCCGGGAACUGGCUGACGACGAGAAGUUCGUGUCGGUCUACGGCACGGAAGAGUAUCUCCACCCAGAUGUAUAUGAGAGAGCCGUGCUGAAGAAGCCCCAGCAAAAGGCUUUUGGGGUGACGGUGGACCUUUGGAGCAUCGGAGUCACCUUCUACCAUGCGGCCACAGGCAGCCUCCCCUUUGUGCCCUUCGGUGGGCCCCGGCGGAACAAGGAGAUCAUGUUCCGCAUGACCUCGGAGAAGCCGGCCGGGGCCAUCGCGGGCGUCCAGAAGCGGGAGAGCGGACCGCUGGAGUGGAGCUACGACCUCCCCACCACCUGCCAGCUGUCUGGAGGGCUGCGGGCCCAGCUGGUGCCUAUCCUGGCCAACGUCCUGGAGGUGGAUCAGGAGAAGUGCUGGGGCUUCAACCAGUUCUUCGCCGAGACCAGCGACACGCUCCACAGGGUCGUCGUCCAUGUCUUCUCCCUGCCGCAGGCCGUCCUGCACCACGUCUACGUCCACGCCCACAACACGACGGCCGUAUUCCUGGAAUCGGUGUUCAAACAAACCAACAUUGCCCCCGACCACCAGGAGUAUCUAUUUGAGGGCCACCCCUGCCUCCUGGAGCCCAGCCUGCCUGCUCAGCACCUCGUGAAAACAUCAGCGAGCAGCCCCCUAACCCUGCUCAGCGUGGAGCCCAAGAGUCCCUUGGGCCUGACCUUCCGGGAUCCAGCCCUCGACAUCCCCAAGUUUGUCCCUAAAGUGGACCUGCUGGCGGAUUACAACACUGCCAAGGGUGUGCUGGGCUCCGGGCACCGGACACUGAGGCUUUCCCAGGAGCUGCACAGGGGCCGGGAGCUGAUGCUCAGGGGACUCACCUGGCUGGUGGAAAUGCUCAAGUCCUCCUGUGGACACUCCCUGGAGAAAACACGGAUGGCACUACUCUUCCUGAACCACAGUGGCCAGGGUCAAGACAGGCCUCAGCUCACUUCUGGGUCAUGUGAGGAACCAGAGCGGCGAGUCGUGGGUGAACUGAGAGCCAGACUUCAGACUAUCAGUGAGAUUCUUUCCGGAUGGCCCCAGAGUAUCCAGGACACCUGGAGCCGCCUGGGCAGCAUGGCCGCUGAGCUGGCGAAGAGCCGGGAACAGGUACAUGAAGACAGAAGCAUCCAGCAGAUUGAGUGCUGCCUGGACAAGAUGCAGCUUAUCUACAAGCAGUUCAAGAAAGCCAGGAUGCGGCCAGGUUUGGGCUACAAUGAAGAGCAGAUUCACAAACUUGAUAAGGUGAAUUUUGUCCAUUUAGCCAAGAGACUGCUACGUAUCUUCCAAGAUGACUGUGUUCACAAGUAUCAGGAGGCUCUCACCAUGCACGGACAGAGGAUGAGAGAGGUGCACGAGAUCCGCAAGCAUCUGCAGCUGGUGAACAGCACGGUGGCCGCCUGCAGCUCGGAAGCCCAGGGAACCCAGGAGUGCCUCAGGGAGGCCCUGGACAGGCUCACUCAGCGCCUCCUUCAGAACAGACUGACUGCACCUCCAACCUCUUCUCCCUCCCUGGAUGUGGACUUGAACUCUGUUCCGAAGGAGCUGCUUCUGCACAUGCGGGAGCUCCAGGAGGAGAUGAAGUCAGUGACAUUUGAUCUCCAGCACAACAACAGCAUCAUUGAGAGAUUAAAGGAGGUCACACCCGCCCCUGUUCUUUGAGAGACGCCGUAGAUUGGAAGUCCACGAGCCUCAGGACCGUGAAGAUAAUGGGAUGGCACCUUCCUGAAGGAGAAAGUCCACCAACCUUAUCUUUUAUUGCCUCCUGGCCCGAAGCCCCCACACUGGACGCUGGGGACAAGGGAGCCUGGGGUUGUUUUCACCGUUCCCCCGUUCUUUCGGGUUCCCUGAAAGAGUGCCUGUAGGCAAGAGAUGCUCUCCUCCCUGCCUGUACCCAUAACCUGGGAGAUGUGGGCCAGAAGCCUCCAGUUGAUUCCUUCCUGCCCUGCUGCUGAUCUGUCAGCAAUGCCUUCUGGCUAGAGGGAAGGGCCACUCAGGCCUCCGGGGAUUUUCUUGGACUGCUGAGACAGCAGAGCUGCCUGAUGUAUCGCUUUCCUUCCUCUUACCAUUUCUCCCCACAAGAAUGUUGCUAAACCCCAGGCUGUAAUGCCACAACCUUGGAGCAACCAGAAGUCAAGGGGCUCAGUGGCUUCGCUUGCCCUUCACCUGGCUCCUCCCCCCCAUCCCCGUCCUUGAAGUUUGACCGGGGAAGCGACCCCCUGCAAAUAAUAAUAAUAAUGUUGGUAUUUGUUAAGCGCUUACUAUGUGCAGAGCACUGUUCUAAGC